GGAAACACGACGAGAACUGGUUCGUUUCGGCCACCAUUAUUCCACAUCAUUUCCACGGCCCCUAUUGUCCGCUUGCUCUCGCGUCGCUCCCGUCCCGUGCCGUGCGCUGCGGCCGCCAUGGGCUCCUCCGACUCCCAGGCGCCGCUGCUGCUCCCGAGGGGGAGCCACCGCAAGGAGGAGGAGGAGGAGGAAUACGCGGCGGCGGGGAAGGUGCGGGGCUGCUGCGGCGGCGAUGGGGAAGGAGGGUGGUGGCGGGAGGCGACUGCGGAGGCCGGGAGGCUGGCGUCGCUGGCCGCGCCGAUGAUCGCGGUCGCGCUGCUGCAGCUGAUGAUGCAGCUCAUCUCCACCGUCAUGGUGGGGCACCUCGGCGAGGUCGCGCUCGCCGGCGCCGCUAUCGCCAACUCCCUCACCAACGUCUCCGGCUUCAGCGUCCUCAUGGGACUGGCAUGUGGGCUGGAAACUAUUUGCGGACAGGCUUAUGGAGCAGAACAGUAUCAUAAGCUAGCUUUAUAUAUGUACAGGUCCAUAAUUGUGCUUCUUGUUGUGAGUGUACCAAUCGCCAUCAUAUGGGUUUUCAUCCCAGAGGUACUUCCUCUCAUAGGUCAGCAACCAGAAAUAGCAAGUGAAGUUGGGAAGUAUGCAUUGUGGCUAAUCCCUGGUUUAUUUGCCUUCACUGUUGCUCAAUGCUUAUCAAAGUUCCUCCAGACUCAAAGCCUAAUAUUUCCUAUGGUUCUAAGCUCAUCAAUAACACUAGCACUCUUCAUUCCUUUGUGUUGGUUCAUGGUUUAUAAAGUUGGGAUGGGUAAUGCUGGAGCUGCUUUAUCAGUCAGUAUCUGUGAUUGGGUCGAAGUGACUGUUCUUGGUCUUUACAUUGUUCUCUCACCUUCUUGUGAAAAAACUCGUGCUCCACUCACAUGGGAAGCAUUUAGUGGGAUUGGAAGUUUCUUGAGGUUGGCUGUACCAUCGGCCCUCAUGAUUUGCCUCGAAUGGUGGUCUUAUGAGCUGCUUGUUCUGCUUUCUGGGAUCCUACCAAAUCCAGCACUUGAAACUUCUGUGCUUUCUAUAUGCAUUUCUACUGUUGUGUUGGUGUACAAUCUCCCUCAUGGUAUUGGAACAGCUGCAAGUGUCCGUGUCUCAAAUGAACUAGGUGCAGGGAAUCCAGAAGGUGCCCGCUUGGUAGUAGGGGUUGCUUUAUCUGUUAUACUUUGUUCAGCAGUCCUAGUGAGUGUAACACUUCUAGCGUUGCGUCAUUUCAUCGGAAUUGCUUUCAGCAAUGAGGAAGAAGUCAUAAAUUAUGUAACAAGAAUGGUACCUGUUCUUUCCAUCUCAGUUAUUACAGACAGCCUUCAGGGUGUCCUCUCAGGUGUUUCCAGGGGCUGUGGAUGGCAGCAUCUAGGGGCCUAUGUUAACCUAGGUGCAUUCUAUCUUGUCGGAGUUCCUGUUGCUCUCUUUUUUGGGUUUGCAAUGCAUCUAGGAGGAAUGGGUUUUUGGAUGGGCAUGGUAGCUGGUGGAGCGACACAGGUCACUCUUCUAUCUAUCAUUACUGCAAUGACAAACUGGAGAAAGAUGGCUGAAAAGGCUAGGGACAGAGUAUUUGAGGAAAGGAUUCCGACACAGUCAGUCUAACCACAUUGACUAAGUUUUGUUGGAUUCAAUCUUCAAAUUUUUCCUGUACGGUACAUGUUCUUUUUUUUUUUCUUGAGGAUUAGUAACAGAAUGGCAAAUGAAUCCUGUAGCAUCUUAGCUCGAAGAGUUAGUCAAGUCCCAGGAAGACUUGAAAGAUGUGAUGUUACAUCUUUUUUACUUCUCUGUAGGAAAGCAUAUAUAAUCUUUGUGUUGAACAAGGAGCAAAGUAUACUGGAAAACGAACAUCUGAUUGCAGCGCAAACAUCCUCCAGGGUUGGAACCAUACGGUUUGGAAAAAAUAUAAAAUCGAUAUAAACAAAAGAAACGCAUAUUGGCUUAAGUCAUGAUUGUUUUGGCAUCACUAGUACCUGCUGUUUGUAUAUCAUUCGUAAAUUGUUGUAAGGUGUAGACAAUCCACUUGUAAAUGUAAGUGCUGCCAUGUUAAGUGAAGCCUCUAUGUCCUGAUGUC